UCGGAGACCCCACCGCCACCGCCCGGAGGCGGGAGAGCACCACCGCAGAGUCAAACCGAGCAGAGAGCGCGCUGAGCCGGACGGUCCGCCGCUCGGGGAUCCGGGGACGCUCCGGAGCGCGCCCGGAGCUCCAGGUCCUGCCCGGAGCCGCUGCCAUGGGAGAGCCAGCCCCAGGCGCCGGGGACCAGCCGCCUCUGCCGCCGCGCCCGCCCCGGAUCGGCGGCGCCCGCAGCCGGCCCGCGGCGUCCCCCUCCCGGGCGGCAGGGCCGCGUCCGCCGCGCCGCCGGCCCCGGCUGGGCCUGUGAUGAGCCGCAGCUCGCCGCGAGCCCCGGCCCCGGGCGCGCUCCCCCGGCCGCCGCCGCCGCCGCCCCCGCCGCCGGCCCCGCUCCCGCCGUGGCCCCGGCGAGCCGGCCGCCGCUGGCCCGCGUCCCCGCUCGGGAUGAAGGUGUUCCGCAGGAAGGCGCUGGUGCUGUGCGCGGGCUACGCGCUGCUCCUGGUGCUCACCAUGCUCAACCUCCUGGACUACAAGUGGCACAAGGAGCCCCUGCAGCAGUGCCAUCCCGACGGGCCUCCGGGGGGCGCGGCCGGGGCCCCCGGGGGAGGCUGGGGGCGGCCGGGCUCGCCCCCCGCGGCGCCGCCCCGGGCCCACCCUCGCCCGGACCCCCGCCCCCCUCAGCGCCCCCCCGCGGCCGGCGCGGGGGCGGUCCCGGCCUCCGGGGCUGCGGGGGCCGCGGGCUCCCCGGGCAACGGCACCCGGGGCCCCGGGGGCGGCGGGGCCAAGCGGCAGCUGGUGUACGUGUUCACCACGUGGCGCUCGGGCUCGUCCUUCUUCGGCGAGCUCUUCAACCAGAACCCCGAGGUGUUCUUCCUCUACGAGCCCGUGUGGCACGUGUGGCAGAAGCUCUACCCCGGGGACGCGGUCUCCCUGCAGGGGGCGGCGCGGGACAUGCUGAGCGCUCUCUACCGCUGCGACCUGUCGGUGUUCCAGCUCUACAGCCCCGCUGGCAGCGGGGGGCGCAACCUGACCACCCUGGGCAUCUUCGGCGCCGCCACCAACAAGGUGGUGUGCUCGUCCCCCCUCUGCCCCGCCUACCGCAAGGAGGUCGUCGGCUUGGUGGACGACCGGGUGUGCAAGAAGUGCCCGCCCCAGCGCCUGGCCCGCUUCGAGGAGGAGUGCCGAAAGUACCGUACGCUGGUCAUCAAGGGCGUGCGCGUCUUCGACGUGGCCGUGCUGGCGCCCCUGCUGAGGGACCCGGCCCUGGACCUCAAGGUCAUCCACCUGGUGCGCGACCCGCGGGCCGUGGCCAGCUCCCGCAUCCGCUCUCGCCACGGCCUCAUCCGGGAAAGCCUGCAGGUGGUGCGCAGCCGGGACCCCAGGGCCCACCGCAUGCCCUUCCUGGAGGCCGCCGGCCACAAGCUGGGGGCUAAGAAAGAGGGCCUGGGCGGCCCGGCUGACUACCACGCCCUGGGUGCCAUGGAGGUCAUCUGCAACAGCAUGGCCAAGACCCUGCAGACGGCCCUGCAGCCCCCUGACUGGCUCCAGGGCCACUACCUGGUGGUGAGGUACGAGGACCUGGUGGGGGACCCGGUGAAGACCCUGCGGAGGGUCUACGGCUUUGUGGGGCUGCUGGUGAGCCCCGAGAUGGAGCAGUUCGCCCUGAACAUGACCAGCGGCUCGGGCUCCUCCUCCAAGCCUUUCGUGGUGUCAGCCCGCAACGCCACCCAGGCCGCCAAUGCCUGGCGGAGCGCGCUCACCUUCCAGCAGAUCAAACAGGUGGAGGAGUUUUGCUACCAGCCCAUGGCGGUGCUGGGCUACGAGCGGGUCAACAGCCCGGAGGAGGUCAAAGACCUCAGCAAGACCCUGCUCCGGAAGCCCCGGCUCUGAGAGGGGCCCCCCUCCACCCCCCACCGGAGGGACCGGACUCCCCGCCGAGGCACCCGCAAAGAGGAUGGCUGGCAUUGUUGUCCAAACAAACACGGCCCAGAUCCAAGCUGAGGAAGCCCACAUAAUUCUGUGAUAGAUAUAUAUUAUAAAUAACCACACAGGCACUUUUGCUGUCAACGUUUUGAGUCAGUGACUUUCAAGGAACAGCCUCAACUCACGGGCGCGCGCUCUCUUGCUCGCUCACGCGUGCGUGUGCGCACACACCUCGGAAAAGGCAAGACUGAAAGUUCUGACAGAUUGCCUUGGGCCCUCGCUUCUUCUCCCUCUUCCCUUCUCAUCCCUUCCCCCGCCUCCCCCUUCCAUCCCCGAAGUGGAAUGUCGCUAAAUCAAGUUCCAGUAACCCAAAUCUUGUUUACAGAAUUUCCGUGGUAUCUGUGAAAGUGUUAAAAGAGUAAUUUGGAUGUGGGGUGGGUGGAGAAAGGGGAAGUGGUCCCCAGAGCAGAAAGCCCCCCCCCCACUGGGCUGGUAAACCGAGGAGGCAGUCUUCAAAAGUAGACUUUCCUGUAAAGAGCAAAGGUUACGUGUGAGUGUUAAUAAAGGAGAUAAUAAAUAAUAUUCUUUUUUUUUUUUUUUAAUAUUUGCCUCCAUUACUCUGGAUUUACCAGUGCUUUCUGCGCCCCUCCUCUCCAUACAUUUCCAGCUAGCUACCUGGGGCCCAGCUAAGCUGGGAGAAACCUCUGCCUUCCUGAUAACUGAGCAUUGUUUUCUCACAUGUAAAUCAUUGCCUGCCAGGUGCCCAGCAAUGGAACAAAUCUUCUACGGGCAAAACCAAACAGGGCAGAGAAGAAAGAGCACACACUACUCCCCCUGUUCCGCGCUGAGCACAGAAAGGAAGAAAGGAGCCCUGGAGAGUUGAAGGCACUCAAGGCUUUGAUUACUACUGCGCUGGGCGGAGACAGGCUACCUGGAAGCAGAGACUGGUGUUUUUGUUCUGAAGUUGGUUCUGGGGGGGUGGGGUCGGGGAGGAAAGAUCGAAAGCAUAGAAUUUUCUUUUUCAAAAAAAGUUCUGAUGACUAGAAUAUAAGUCUCGAAAUGGAGUGAACGGUCUUGGUGGUGGUAGCAGCAGCUUCUGUAGUUAGUGGAGUAACAGAAAUGCCUGUCUGGGGUGUUCUUGUGUGUCUUUGACACAGUGACUGGAGGCAUAUGAGAGCAAAGAAGUUUUAGCUGAGGACUGGAGGGGCGCUCACAGGUUUCCUUUUUUCCUCAUGUCCCAUCCAAAUAAUACUAAAGGACAGGAAUUUGAAAUAGUUUGCUUGGGACUUGGGUCGUCCUGGGAAUAUGGUAUUCUCUUUAUUUCCUAAAAGCAAAUUUGCAAAACAAGGUACAUGUUGCAGACAGUGUAGAGCGUUAGCUAAGAACCUUUAGAUACUAAAGUGGCUAUGAGGAAGAGGAAACAGAAGUGCAUCAGUGUGUAGGAUUUUGAGAUUUGGUAUUUUCUGGUGAGAAAGCCAUUGAAUUUCCCAGAGGUGGUUAUGAUACUCCUAUGUCCUGAACUCAUAUUGUGCUCAAGUAUGCUGUAUGGUGUUGUGUUACGAUACGAAAUUAUGAAGUUCAAAUAGGACAAACAAACAGUAUGGUUGUAUAUUAUAUUAAAUACGGUACAAGUCCCGUAUCCCUGCAGCUUUAUUUUAAUGUAAUUUAUUAUGAGAUUCUGGAAAGCCAACAAGUGUGGGUUAAAUGCUGAGGACUUUCUUUAAAAAAAAUGUACAUAGGAAAUGUUUUAACAUGAGGCGAUUCUUGAGUUUAAUUAUCAUUACAAUGUGAAAUCCAAGAUAAAGAAGCACAUUUUUAAAAA